AUGGCCAAUAUACCAUCAUCUCUCAUGAUGGUAAAUAGGCAAAAACCCUCACUGGACCAAAUGCCACUCAUGCAAUGCAGGGACCCAGUCGCUGAAAAUGUCUCCCUUCACAUAUAGGAAGCCCCAUGUGUCCAGUGUGAGCAGGAAUGAGUCCUCUGAACUCUACCUUAAUAUCUCCUUCUGUUUUCUCCUUGGACAGGUGCCUAUUCCCUGGAGCACCAGAUGUCCAACAGCAGCUCCAUCAGCGAGUUCCUCCUCCUGCCAUUCGCAGACACACGGGAGCUGCAGCUCCUGCACUUCGCGCUCUUCCUGGGCAUCUACCUGGCUGCCCUCCUGGACAACGGCCUCAUCCUCACAGCUGUAGCCUGCGACCACCGCCUCCACACCCCCAUGUACUUCUUCCUCCUCAACCUUGCCCUGAUUGACCUGGGCUGCAUCUCCACCACUCUCCCCAAAGCCAUGGCCAAUUCCCUCUGGGACACCAGGGCCAUUUUCUAUGCAGGAUGUGCUGCACAGGUCUUUAUUUUUCUCUUCCUGAUGUCAGCAGAGUAUUUUAUUCUCACUAUCAUGUCCUACGACCGCUACGUUGCCAUCUGCAAGCCCCUGCACUAUGGGAGCCUCCUGGGCAGCAGAGCUUGUGCCCAGAUGGCAGCAGCUGCCUGGGGCAGUGGGGUUCUCUAUGCUCUGCUGCACACCGCCAAUACGUUUUCCCUGCCCCUCUGCCAAGGCAAUGCUGUGGAUCAGUUCUUCUGUGAAAUCCCCCAGAUUUUCAGGCUCUCCUGCUCAAACUCCUACCUCAGGGAAGUUGCACUCCUCAUAUUGAGUGGUUUUCUGUUUUGGGGGUGUUUUGUUUUCAUUGUGCUCUCCUAUGUGCAGAUUUUCAGGGCUGUGCUGAGGAUCCCCUCUCAGCAGGGACGACACAAAGCCUUUUCCACAUGUCUCCCUCACCUGGCCGUGGUCUCCCUGUUUAUUAGCACAGGAAUUUUUUCCUACCUGAAGCCCCUCUCCCUGUCCUCCCCAUCCUUGAAUGUAGUGGUGGCAGUUCUGUACUCGGUGAUGCCUCCAGCAGUGAACCCCCUCAUCUACAGCAUGAGGAACCAGGAGCUGAAGGAUGCCCUGAGGAAAGCGAUUUUGUGGACAUUUUUCAGAAGCGAUAAACUUUUCCUCUCUCUCCACAAAUGACUCACAGUCUGUCCCAUGACAGACCUGUUUGG